GUUUUGAAAGCGAGGCACACUACCUUUAACCUUAGCAAGUUUUAACAUGGCUGACAGACACCUAUUGUUCUACUUUCGGUUUUAAAAGGAAAACAGCCAUUUACAGGACAAAAUAAAAGACGUGACUGCCAAAGUCCAGAAAAUGGCGGAUACAAGACUCGUUUGCUGAUCAGCAUUCUGUCUUUGAUUCACCAUGGCGACAGCGGGCCCGUUCGGCGAAAAGAAGGCAAAGCUCCUGGUGGCGGCCGUGGACUUUGGAACGACGUACAGCGGCUACGCGUUCUCCCUGAAGCACGACUAUACCAAGGACCCACUGAAGAUAUCCGUAAACCAGGCAUGGACUGCCGGCUCUAUGGCGCUCACAUCCUACAAAGCGCCGACAGUUGUGCUGUUUAACGAGCGGAAGGAGUUCCAUAGCUUCGGGUAUGAGGCGGAGGACAUGUACUCGGAGCUGGCCAUGGACGGUGAGCACCACAACUGGUACUUCUUCAAGAGGUUCAAGAUGAGGCUUCACAAGGAGAAGGUGUUACGAGACAUGUCGAUCGACGACGCUAAGGGGAGGUCCCUCCCUGCGAUGCUGGUGUUCCAGGAGGUGAUUCGCUACCUUAAGGGACACAUGCUGGAGACGCUCAAGAAGCGGGGAACCAUGAUUGAGAACAAGGACAUCCACUGGGUGCUCACCGUCCCCGCCAUCUGGAGGGACGCCGCUAAACAGUUCAUGCGAGAGUCCGCGUGUAAGGCGGAAAUCGAAGGAGGCCAACUGACGGUGGCUCUUGAACCGGAAGCGGCCUCGCUAUUCUGCCAGCUGCUGCCUACUGAUAAAGUGAGCAGCACAAUCGGGACUUCUUUCGCCGUGGCCAGCGCGGGGUCCAAGUACAUGGUCAUCGACCUUGGAGGCGGCACUGCAGACAUCACUGUGCACGAACGACAGGAAGACGGCGGGCUGCGGGAGUUGCACAAGGCGAGCGGCGGCGCGUGGGGCGGCACGCGGGUGGACGAGGAGUUUGAUCAGCUACUUAUCAAGAUAAUCGGGGCGCCUGUCCUGACCAAGUUCAAGGAAGAAUACACGGCGGACUACCUGGACCUAAUGAGAGAACUGGAGGUAAAGAAACGCACAAUAAAGCCGUCAAGUAAAGGGAAAAUUACGCUUAAGGUGCCGGUGAAGUUGGCGGAGACUUAUGAGGACGAAACAGAGGAAAAGGUGGCUGAAGCGAUAGCUGGGUCAACAUACCAGGGCAAAUUAACUUGGGCGUCUGAUAAAAUGCGAUUAGAUGCCGAGGUUUUUAAGGGACUAUUUAAACAUUGUAUUGAAAAGAUAAUAGAACAUAUAAAAGACUUGUUAUGUAAUGACAAUGUUUCUGGAACUAAAACUUUAUUGAUGGUGGGAGGAUUUUCCGAUUCAGAAAUGAUGCAGGCUGCGGUAAAAAACGCGUUUCCUGCAUGUAAUGUGAUUAUUCCGGAAGAGGCAGGCCUCUGUGUGUUGAAGGGUGCGGUUAUAUUCGGUCACCGACCCGUGUCCAUCACAUCCCGAAUGUCUCGAUACACCUACGGCAUCAACAUUUCCCCGCCUUACGACAAGGACAACCACCCGCCCUCGAGGAAGGUGACGGUGGGCGGGGUUGACCGCUGUCAGAACGUGUUUAGGCGGUAUAUCCAGGAGGGCGAGGCGAUGAGGGUCGGGGAGGCUCGCACAGGCAGACAUAUAACGCUAAGCGACCACCAGACGGAAAUGGUUCUAAAUAUAUACGCAUCGCCAAAGCGCGAUCCUCAGUUUGUUGACGAAGACGAGUCGGAGUGUCUCGGACAGGUGGUCGUCAAAUUGCCUGACAAGGAUGAUAAGAUUCGUGUCGAGGUGAGCAUGAAGUUCGGAGAGACGGAACUAGCAGUGGAGGCGGAGGAGCUCUCAACCAACAACAAAUACACGUCGUACUUUGACUUUCUGUAGAUUGCCAAUAUUCCAAAGUAUUACUUGUACUGCAUGCCGCUUCGGGGUAGUGUCAAGCAAAAUGAAAACAAAAGCAAUCGUCUUGAAUAAGUAUGACUUUAAAUGAUGAAAAAACACUUUUAAUUUAUCCCUAUGUGCCUUGUGCCAGCAAAACACAACUUUCUUAGUUAUUGUUCAGUGUUUCAAUAUGCAUGGAGCAUUGGAAAUUUUCAUAUGUCCAAAGUGUAACACAGGAAUACUUGAUAUGCGUCAGGAAUGUUUGAUAUGCGUCAGGAAUGUUUGAUAGUCAUACGCGUCAGAAAUGUUAAAAACAUUAAUGUUUGAUAUGCGUCAGCAAUGUUUGAUAUGCGUCAGAAAUGUUUGAUAUGCGUCAGAAAUGUUAAAAACAUUAAUGUUUGAUAUGCCUCAGAAAUGUGUUAUAGUCAGGAAUGUUUGAUAUAAGUCGUCAUAAAUGUUUGAUAGGUAUUCUUUAUGUUUGUUUGGGAUAUGUAUGUUUCAAUGACAUCAGUAAUGUGUUAUACACGUGUAAGCAUCAUUGACGUUUAAAAGGCGUAUUUAGAGUUUGUUUUAGCGUAGUUCACGUUUGAAAGACGUCAUAAGUGUUGGAUAAGUGUCACUAAUGCAUAUUUUAGCAUCAUUCACGGUUGAAAGGCGCCAUUAAUGGUCGUUUUAGCAUCAUUCACGGUUGAAAGGCGCCAUUAAUGGUCGUUUUAGCAUCAUUCACGGUUGAAAGGCGCCAUUAUUGGUCGUUUUAGCAUCAUUCACGGUUGAAAGGCGCCAUUAAUGGUCGUUUUAGCAUCAUUCACGGGUUGAAAGGCGCCAUUAAUGGUCGUUUUUAGCAUCAUUUGUGUUUGUUAUGCGUCAUGUUAUCCUGUACUUUUCAUAUAUUUUCUUUUAUAAUGUGAAAUGAUGUUUCAAAGAAUUGUCAUGUGGCCACAGUGUAUCCGAAAUAAAUAUUGAAUCAGC